AUGGAUGAGUCUCCCUCUGAAAAUGAUAUCAGGACAAGCAACCUCCCCCGUUCCCCCGCUUGUCAUGCAGAUCUUAUACGAGUGCGAGGAAGUGUUGGUUCUCAAAACACAAUAUCUGUAAUAUCUGAAAACACAAUAUCUGAAAACACAAUAUCUACUAACCAUUUCACAGCGACCGAACGUGCAACCAACCAGCAUUCGACGGCAAGAAAGUGUGCAAUCAACCAGUAUUUGACAGCGAGAGAACCUGUAACCAACCAGCAUUCGACAGCAAGAAAGUGUGCAAUCAACCAGUAUUUGACAGCGAGAGAACCUGCAACCAACCAGCAUUCGACAGCAAGAAAGUGUGCAAUCAACCAGUAUUUGACAGCGAGAGAACCUGCAACCAACCAGCAUUCGACAGCAAGAAAGUGUGCAAUCAACCAGUAUUUGACAGCGAGAGAACCUGCAACCAACCAGCAUUCGACAGCAAGAAAGUGUGCAAUCAACCAGUAUUUGACAGCGAAAGAACCUGCAACCAACCAGCAUUUGACAGCGAGAUAACCUGCAACCAACCAGCAUUUGACAGCGAGAGAACCUGCAACCAACCAGCAUUUGACAGCGAGAGAACCUGCAACCAACCAGCAUUUGACAGCGAGAGAACCUGCAACCAACCAGCAUUUGACAGCGAAUCCAUCUGCCGUCAACAACAACAAAAAAAAAAAAAAAAGAAGUCUUGACACUCAACACCAACUUAAGGUAAAGAGGUAAGGCUCCAGCAACCCCAGGGACUUACGUGGUGGUUUCAUGCUAUUGU